CAAAUGCGAAAAUUUGUGCUGCGCACAUGCUUGUUGAUGGAAGUAGUGAGAAUUUCUCGGAGAUUCUUUUCAACAGCUUCGGCCUUGCGAAAUGCAGCCAACAGUAAAAUCAAAACUGGAGUGUUGAUGAUCAAUAUGGGAGGACCCGAGAGACUGGACCAGGUUCAUGAUUACCUUUUGGGAAUCAUGACCGACAGAGACAUGAUCCAGUUGCCUGUGCAAAGCAAACUGGGUCCGUGGAUUGCCAAGCGCAGAACCCCGGAAGUGCAGAAGAAGUAUGCAGAAAUUGGUGGCGGUUCACCAAUUCUCAAAUGGACAAAUAAGCAGGGAGAGUUGAUGUGCAAGAAAUUAAAUGAGGUGUCCAAAGAAACGGGCCUGCACAAGCAUUACGUUGCAUUUCGCUAUGUAACCCCGUUCAUAGAUCAGGCCAUGGAGGCCAUGCAAAAGGAUGGUGUGGAGCAAGUAAUUGCAUUUUCGCAGUACCCUCAGUACAGCUGUGCCACUUCUGGCUCGAGUUUCAACGCAAUCUACGACUACUUUGCCAAACGGAAAGGUGAUCUUGGGGGUAUGAAGUGGAGCGUGAUUGACAGGUGGCCGACUCACCCUCUCCUGGCCAAGGUAUUUGCGGACCAGAUUCGAAAAGAGCUUGAUCAAAUUCCUGAGGAUCUCCGUGAUCAAACCAUUAUCCUUUUCUCAGCUCACUCUUUGCCCCUGAAGGCUGUCCAAAGAGGCGAUCCUUAUCCUUCGGAAGUUGGCUCAACAGUCCAAAUGGUCAUGAACGAACUCAACUACAGCAAUCCUUUCAACCUGGUUUGGCAAUCAAAAGUUGGGCCUCUCCCCUGGUUAGGGCCAUUCACUGAUGAAGCUCUUGAAGCAUAUGUGAAGCAAGGGAAAAAGAAUUUUAUUCUUGUGCCGAUUGCUUUCGUAAAUGAACACAUCGAAACUUUGCACGAACUUGACAUUGAAUAUUGCCACGAUCUUGGCAAAAAGCUUGGAGUGCAAAAUCUGCGACGUGCAGCUGCACCUAACGACCACCCACUUUUUAUUGACGCCUUGGCCGAUUUGGUGCAGCAGCGACUUAAGUCCAGUGCUCCUGGAGUUUCACCCAAGUUUUUGACCAGAUGUCCUCACUGCACCAACGCCAGGUGCGGACAAACAAAAAGAUGGUUUGCGCAAAUUUGUGGAGCAAAAUUCUAGGUAAAAAGAAUAAGGGCAUAAUGGUUGAAAAGUGCUUUGAGGUUUGAAUAUUACAGAUUGUUGAAAGCUGCAUAAAAUGUUUAGGUGAGGUAUCUUUAUUCACUAAAAGAUUUGUUAUUUGGUGCACAAAUUAAUGAUCUUCUAAGAUCAUAAUGAGAUAUAUCAAUGUGAAUUUAUUACAUUAAAAAGUGUUAUUGUUCAUGUAAAAAAGGAGCAUUUGAAUAAAUUUAGUAAAAUAAAAAAAAAAAUACCUAUAAUAG